UCUGGCGCCACGUAGACAAGGGGACCCCCGAAGGGGCGAUCGACGCGAUGCUGAUCCACGGGCAGGAUGCCAUCACAGUGUCCAAUGCCGGGCGGAUCCUGCGCUCCUGGGAGACCAACAUCGGGGGGCUGAACUGGGAGAUGUCCCUGGACACUGGCAGUUUCCAGGUGGCCAGUUUGGUGGCAUUCCAGGAUGUGGUGAAAUACGUGGCAGUGCUGAAGAAAGCAGCCAUCUCCCUGCACUACCUCUCCAAUGGGCACCAGAAAUGGGUGGAACACUUACCAGAAAGUGAGAGUACUCAGUACCAGAUGUUGUAUUCCCAUGGGACUGGAGUGAUCCACGUGCUUGGAAUCGUCCCCCAGAGCCACCUGCAGGUGUUAACCUUUGGUGUAGAAGAUGGAGAGAUUACCAAACAGGUGAGGGUGGAAGCCCCGUGGCUGAGGAGCCUGAGUGAUGCAUGUGCUGUGGUGGGGGAGGCUGUGCUGGCCUGCCUGGACACAGCCACACACUCACUCUAUGUUUGCUCCUUGGAGACAGAGCAGGAGAUGAAGCAGAUCCCACUGCAGUCACUUGACCUAGAGUUUGAUGAUGGCUUCCAGCCCAGGAUUUUGGCCACUCAGCCCAACGUGCUCGGUGCCUCCCGGGCUCAGUUCUUCCUGCAGCUCUCCCCCAGCCACUUCUCCCUGCUGCAGUACAAGCAGGGGCUGCUGGGCCACCUUCGGGACUUCCAGCAGGCAGCUCUGGUGAGUUUUGCAACAACUGGGGAGAAAACUGUGGCUGCUGUGCUGACCUGCAGGAGUGAGCUGAAACCUGGAAGUUCUGAUGGGCUCCACGUGGGAACCACACUGGGGGAUUCCCAGAAGCAGGAAUCCUUAACCUGUUCCAAUCAAACCUACAAUAUCAAUCUCUACCUGGUUGAAACGGGGCAGAGGUUGCUGGAUACCACCAUUACCUUUACCCUGGAGCAGAGUGGUACCAAGCCACAGCAGCUGUACAUCCAAGUUUUCCUGAAGAAGGAUGACUCUGUGGGCUAUCGAGCCUUGGUGCAGACAGAAGACCACAUGCUGAUGUUCCUCCAGCAGCCAGGAAAAGUUGUCUGGAGUAGAGAGGAGUCACUGGCAGAAGUGGUAAGCUUGGAGAUGGUGGAUCUGCCUCUGACUGGUGCCCAGGCUGAGCUGGAGGGAGAAUUUGGAAAGAAAGCAGAUGGUUUGCUGGGCAUGUUCCUGAAGAGGCUCUCCUCCCAGCUUAUCCUGCUGCAGGCCUGGACUGCUCAUCUUUGGAAGAUGUUCUAUGAUGCCAGGAAACCACGGAGCCAGAUUAAAAAUGAGAUUAACAUUGACAAUUUGGCCAGAGAUGAGUUCAACCUCCAGAAAAUGAUGGUGAUGGUCACUGCCUCGGGAAAGCUCUUUGGUAUUGAAAGCAGUUCUGGCACCAUCCUGUGGAAGCAAUAUCUCAGGAACGUGAGACCAGGCUCCUCCUUUAAGCUGAUGGUCCAGAGAACAACAGCCCAUUUCCCACACCCUCCCCAGUGCACCUUGCUUAUUAAGGACAAGGAAACCAAAAUGAGCUUUCUGUAUGUCUUUAACCCCAUCUUUGGGAAGAGAAGUCAGGUAGCUCCCCCUCUUUUGAAGCAUCCAGUUCUUCAGACUUUGCUUCUGCCUAUCAUGGAUCAAGACUAUGCCAAAGUCCUGCUCUUGAUUGAUGAUGAGUACAAGGUUACAGCUUUCCCAGCAACUAAAAAUGUCCUUCGCCAGUUAGAAGAAAUAGCCCAUUCUAUCUUUUUUUAUCUAGUGGAUGCUGAGCUGGGAAAACUCUCUGGAUUCAGGCUGAAAAAGGACCUGACAACAGAGGAGAGCUGGGAGGUGUUCAUCCCCACAGAGGUGCAGAGGAUAGUGACAGUGAAAGGGAAGAGGUCCAACGAGCACGUGCACUCCCAGGGCCGGGUGAUGGGCGACCGCAGCGUUCUCUACAAGUCCUUGAACCCCAACCUGCUUGCUGUGGUGACAGAGAGCACAGACACGCACCAUGAGCGGACCUUUGUUGGCAUCUAUCUGAUUGAUGGAGUCACUGGCAGGAUCAUCCACUCCUCAGUCCAGAAGAAAGCCAAGGGACCUGUCCACAUGGUUCAUUCAGAGAACUGGGUGGUGUACCAGUACUGGAACACGAAGGCCCGUCGGAACGAGUUCACUGUGCUGGAGCUGUAUGAGGGCACAGAGCAGUACAAUGCCACAGCCUACAGCUCCCUCGACCGCCCCAUUUUGCCUCAGGUCCUCCAGCAGUCUUACAUCUUCCCGUCUGCUAUCAGUGCCAUGGAGGCCACCAUCACUGAGAGAGGCAUCACCAGCCGACACUUGCUCAUUGGGCUUCCCUCUGGGGCCAUCCUCUCCCUCCCAAAGGCUCUGCUGGAUCCUCGUCGCCCAGAGAUCCCUACGGAACAGAGCAGAGAAGAGAAUCUGAUUCCAUACUCCCCUGAUGUGCAGAUCCAUGCUGAGAGGUUUAUCAACUACAAUCAAACCAUAUCACGGAUGAGGGGCAUUUAUACAGCCCCCUCUGGCCUAGAAUCUACUUGUUUGGUCGUUGCCUAUGGGCUGGACAUCUACCAGACCCGGGUGUACCCCUCAAAGCAGUUUGAUGUCCUGAAAGACGACUACGACUACGUCCUCAUCAGCAGCGUCCUCUUCGGGCUGGUCUUUGCUACCAUGAUCACCAAGAGACUGGCCCAGGUGAAGCUGCUGAACAGGGCCUGGCGCUAAGGCUGUGGCUGCAGGGGAGGCUGAGGCUGGAGGAGGCAGCUGAGACUCAGCCUGGGUGAAGAGCUG